UGUUAUAUUCUUAAUAACAACAUAUAUUUUUUUAUUUUAUAUUUUGACACUCUGAUGCAGACAUGAGCUAUGACACCGCCAAAGAGGUAAAUUAAAGCUUGUUGUACGCCACAUAAAAAUCAAUCAGUUUAUCGCUUCCGUAGGUAUAAACUAAUCCUACACUUGUUACCUAUUGCAAAAUUGAAGUGAUCGAGAAGAGAAGAACAAAUAAGAUUGGAUUAAUUAAUUAAGAUAAAGUAGCUACAUUUGAUUUCGAUAACCAUACAGAGACAUUGAGGGUUAAAAAUUAGAAGAUGAUGCGGAGCAUGGCGAGUUCAGUCUCAUCUAAAGGCAUUGCUGCCAUUGUUGGUGUGGGGCAGAAACUCGGUCGCUCCAUCGCCCGCAAGUUCGCCCACGAAGGCUAUACUGUUGCUAUCCUUGCUCGUGACUUAGGUAGAUUAUCAAGAUUUGCUGAUGAGAUAGCUAGAGAAGAGAAAGCACAAGUGUUUGCAAUCCGGAUCGAUUGUUCAGAUUCGCGAAGCAUAAGAGAGGCAUUCGAGGGAGUUCUAUCACUUGGCUUUGUAGAAGUGUUGGUUUACAAUGCACACCAACCAACAUCUUGGCACCCAACAAACUUCACAGACAUUAAAGUUGAACACUUUGAGAAAUCUCUAGCUGUCUCCUCCGUCGGCGCCUUCCACUGCGCUCAACAGGUUCUUCUAGGUAUGGUGGAAAGAGGAAGAGGGACAAUACUUUUCACUGGUUGUUCAGCUUCUCUCAGUGGUAUUGCCGGUUCUUCUGAAUUAUGCUGUGGAAAGUUUGCAAUGAGAGGCUUAUCCCAAUGUCUGGCAAAGGAGUUUCAACCUCUUGGAGUACACGUGGCGCAUGUCAUCAUCCACGGUAUCGUCGGCACACCCGCUCGGGAGGCAAUAGCGUCAAGUUCGCAACAAAGGUUGUUGGUUGGGGAACAAGAGCAGCAACAAAGCGGCAGAUGGGCCGAAGAAGGGUUGAUGGACCCAGAUGGGCUGGCCCAGAACUACUGGCAUUUGCACAUCCAAGAUCGAUCCGCUUGGACCCAAGAGAUUGAUCUCCACCCCUCCAACCAAACAUCCAUCUAGAUCAAUUCAACAACUUUAACAACUUUAAUAUACAUACAUAUAUUUCUUGUAAACAUACACAUUUUUCAUUAUUAAAGUGUGAUUGAUUAAUUUGUGACAUUCGGUUUGUUUCUCAGUGUAAUAAUUAUGAAUUAUUGGAUUUAACUUAUAAUAUACAUUAAUAAU